UCGAUUUCAACAGUUUUCGGCCUGUUUAUUUUUGGCGGCACUAUAUCUGUGUGUUCAUCGAUUUAAUUCUUGGAGAGCGUCAAGUAACGAAGUAUGUACGAGUGAGCAUAUAAAAAAGCUCUGAACAAAAGCGAAUAAAGCACGUGAUAUUUCGUCCAGCUGUUUCAGAGCUGUGCUCAUAAUAAUCAAAAUGGAAGAUAACGGUCAUACCAAUUCUAAUCCAAAUAACACAGAUUUAUCAAAAUUAACGUGUACUGGUUCUGGACCUGAAGAUGGGUCCUCGCCGAUCGCGGAUGUACUAAUUGCUAAUGACGUCAAAUUUAAGAAUGCACCAUUAGUAGUAAAAGAAAAAUUAGUAGAAUCAAGAAAAAGAAAGAAAAUUGAUUUAGAACAACAACUAGUUGAAGACAAACUUAAAGAGGAAAUUAAUGAGCAGAGAUAUAAACGACUUAUGCAUUUAUUGAGUAAAAGUAAAUUUUAUUCCUCCUAUAUUCUGACAAAAAUUGAGACAUCUGCGGCAGAAGAAAAGAAUAAAAAUAAAAGGAAAAAAAGAGUUGUUAAUGAAAAUAAGAAACCAUCAAAGAAAAGAACUGAUAUACUAAAAUAUGACAUAAAAAAAUAUCUAUCUGCAGAUGUACAAAUGCAAACACGAGUUGAAAACAAAUUGAAUUUAAGUACAGAAGAAAUAGAAGAGGAGUUGCAUAUGGAGUCAGACAGUGAGGAGAAAAAAUUUACAAAUGAUGUCAAUAUUAUACUGAAAUAUUUUCAUGGAGAAUUAUAUGAUUAUCAGCAAAAGGGUUUACAAUGGUUGAAAGUACUUUAUGAGAAUGGCAUAAACGGAAUUUUAGCUGAUGAGAUGGGUCUGGGAAAAACAGUACAAGUGAUUGCUUUAUUAUGUCAUCUUAUAGAAAAGCAACAAAAUGGACCUUAUUUAAUAAUUGCACCUCUUUCAACUAUACCAAAUUGGAUGUCAGAAUUUGAAAGAUUUGCUCCUGCUAUCCCAGUUGUGCUAUUACAUGGACCAAAAGCUACACGAGAAGAUAUAUAUUCUAUAAUUAACAAGAAACAUACAGUUGAAAGCUACAAAACUCUACCUGUUGUACUAACUACUUAUGAAGUACCUAUGCAAGAUGUUAAAUUCCUUCAGAAAUAUGUGUGGAGAUAUAUUAUAAUAGACGAAGGACAAAGAGUCAAGAAUCAUAAGUGUUUCUUGCUCAAAGCUUUGAAAUCAAUAAAUUCUAUGAAUAGACUACUGUUAACUGGAACUCCGCUUCAGAACAAUUUAGCCGAGCUGUGGUCUCUUUUAAACUUUCUGCUACCAGAAAUCUUUGAUGAUUUAGCUGUAUUUGAAUCAUGGUUUGAUGCGAGGGAAUUUGUACAACAGGAUGGUACCGAAAAAUUUUUGAAGCAGGAAGAAGAGAAACGAGUCUUAUUCUCAUUACGUGAAAUAUUAAAACCGUUCAUGUUAAGACGAUUAAAAUCUGAUGUUUGUCUGGAAGUUCCUCCUAAGAAGGAAUUGAUUGUUUACGCACCGCUUACGGAACUUCAACAUAAUUUAUAUUCGGCAGUUUUAAAUCGUAACAUAGAAAUAUUGAGUAAAAUCAAACAACCGGAUUUAAUUUUACCUUCAAUUGAUGGUAAAAGACCUAAAAGACGAUGUUUCCUAAGAAGUAAAUACGGAUCUCCUGAGAACAAUUUUGAAAACAAAAUUGAAAGCAAAUCGUUUACAUGUGCGGAAACUUCGAAUAGUAAUAACGAAAUGAAAUUGACUGCAGAAGAUGCUGAGUAUGAAAAAGAUCUAUCAGAAUGGAAACAGUACACUGACGUCACAGAUCGCAAUCGAGAUUUUCUCAUCAAUAUUCAUUUUAAACAUAGGAUGAUAAUGUACAAAAAGAUCGUAAACCAUCCAUACUUAAUUCAAUGUCCGUUGGAUUCAAUUGGUUUGCCAAAAGUCGAUGACGAUUUGAUCAAAUCCUCCGGCAAACUUUUAGUAUUAGACGCAAUGCUGGCAAAGCUUAAGGCACAGGGACACAAAGUUCUAUUGUUCUCGACAAUGACUAUGAUUUUAGAUAUAAUUGAAGAUUAUCUUUCGUUACGAGAUUAUAAAUACCUCAGACUAGAUGGCAACGACAAUAUCGAAUUGAGAAAGCGGAACAUUGAUAAUUUCAACAAUAACAAAGAUAUAUUCUUAUUUCUUAUAUCGAUUAGAGCUGGUGGGAUUGGAUUGAAUCUAGCAGCUGCCGAUACAGUUAUUAUAUAUGACAGCGAUUGGAAUCCACAAGUGGAUAUACAAGCUAUGGCACGAUGCCACAGAAUAGGACAAACAAAACCUGUGGUUAUUUACAAACUGUGCACCAAAGGCACGAUCGAUGAAGCGAUUAUAAACCGCUCUGAAAGCAAACGUAUUUUAGAGAAAAUGGUUAUUUCGAAAUAUUCGGAUGUACAACAAUUCAGCAUAAGUACGCUGUUACAGCUAAAACAAUUGUUGGAGGACAAAGAAUAUGAAAUUGUUACAUCUGAGAAGGAAGUUUUCACAGAAGCUGAAUUGAAUCAAUUGCUAGAUAGGAGCGACUUAUUAAUUAAUCAGCACGUUGCAAGCAAUUCCACGAAUUCCACUUAAACCUAUUCUAUGCAGAUUUAGAUUACCUGCCCGUUAGAUUACUAUUAAACGUCAUACAUGAUAUCACGAAUAACAGUCUAUCUUUUUAAUUCGUAUAAUAAAUAUCAAAAUUUCCUAGAUACAAUUUAAUAAAAUAUAAUUUGAUAUAAUUUUAAUUGUAUAUCAGUUUCCAGAUGUAUUUUUAAUAAGAUGUAUGACGUGUACAUACCAUGUACACGUCAUACAUAUAUACGGUCUACACGGUGUACACGUCAUACAUAUAUACGGCACAUACGUGUAGUACUAUACACAUAUGGUACAAAUCCAUAUUUAUAAAUUACAAUUUGUUCGAUUUAAUACGAGUCUUGCCGGUCAGAUGAUUCUUGUACUUUAAGGAUUGUGAUAACUGUUCACGAAACUCAGCUUCUAAUUUUACGUAUGUCCCACCUGUGCCAAGUACAAAAUGUUAAUUUCUUUUAUGAUAAAUAUUUUAAUCAACAUAACACUCGAUUCGAUAGAAAGACGUCAUCGAGUAAGUAAAAGUACCGAUUGUCGGACAUACUCCUAUACCCGAGCACAUGCAAAACCUCGUAAUUCUUAAUCUCAAAUAACUUCGUUUUAUUUAUGAUCAUGAUAUUAACUUUUAACUCCAACUUUUAUUAUUAUUUAUGUUAUGGAUACAAUUGUAUAUUGUAAUACAAUUGUAUUAGUUUGUGUGAUGUGUCGUAUUUUAUAUGUUGAUUAAAUCAGUUGUGAGCUAAUUAGAAAAUUAUGAAAAGUCACAUGCAACUAUCUUCUAAAACGUAUUUAUAAAUAAAUUAUAAUUAUGCGUAUAGAACUGUCGAUGAAUAAUUCUGUAUGUAUAAUGAUUAUGUCCGGAUAUUUGAUUGGGAAGCUAUAGCUAUAUCGGAAGAAGUAUCUCAGAUUUCUUUGAAUUAAUGUUUUCAUUCAUAAUUAAAAAAAAUAAAUAUUUCUGAAAUGUAACAACUUUUAUAUACUAAUUCUUUGCAUACUAAUAAAUUGCUACUUCAAUCUUCGA